CCGCCUCGUGUGACACGUUGCUUCCUGUUUGAGUAAAAGUAGUGGAAAACCUUUCACUUUCGUUUGUGUCCGCGGGGCUUGGUGCUACAGGGAGCAGAGGGUGGUCAUGUUCACGUAUCCCGCAGCCCGCAGAGGAGACCAGGUAGAUGACUACCAUGGAACUAAGACCAGUGACCCAUACGCCUGGCUGGAAGACCCGGACAGCCCCGAAACUCGGGCGUUUGUGGAGGAGCAGAACAAGCUGACGAUGCCGUACCUGGAAAAGUGUGCCGUCCGAGCUCAGUUCCAGCAGCGCCUCACCGAGCUCUACGACUACCCCAAGUACAGCUGCCCCUACAAGCGCGGUGCCAGGUAUUUCUACUUCCACAACAAAGGCCUCCAGAACCAGGAUGUGCUGUAUGUGCAGGAUCACCUGGACGCUCCGGCCACCGUCUUCUUUGAUCCAAAUAAGUUGUCUGAAGAUGGCACGGUGGCGCUGAAGAUGGGGCGUCUGUCUGAGCAGUGCGAGUACUUCGCCUACGGUCUGAGCAGCAGCGGUUCAGACUGGGUCACGGUCCGUUUCAUGAGGGCCGAUGACCUGACCGAGCUGCCAGAUGUUCUGGAGAGGGUUAAAUUCAGCUGCCUGGCCUGGACUCACGAUGCUAAAGGCGUCUUUUACAACUGCUACCCACCUCGGGAGGGAAAAGCCGAUGGCACCGAGACCACCAGCAACAUCAACCAGAAGCUCUACUACCACGCCAUUGGCACCAAACAGUGCGAGGACAUCCUGGUGGCCGAGUUCCCCGACCAUCCCAAAUGGAAAAGUUCAGUUACCGUGUCGGAUGACGGCAGGUACGCUGUCCUGUCCCUCACUGAGGGCUGCGAGCCCGUCAACCAGCUGUGGUACUGCGACCUGGAGCAGCUCCCUGACGGCAUCAAAGGCCUGCUGCCGUGGGUCAAACUUGUGGACAACUUUGAGGCUCAGUACUCUUAUGUGACCAACGAGGGGACUGUGUUCACGUUCCGCUCCAACCUAGACGCCCCUCGGUACACUCUGAUCAACAUCGACAUCCAGAAACCCGAGCGGCAGCACUGGACCACGCUGAUCCCGCAGCACGACAAGGACGUCCUGGGCUUCGUCUCCUGUGUCAACCAACGCCACCUGCUGGUCAACUACGUGCAUGACGUGAAGGACAUCCUGCAGCUGUACGAGCUGGAGAGCGGGCGGCUGGUCCGGGAUCUGCCGCUGGACGUGGGCACGGUGGCCGGACUGAGCUGCAAGAAGCAGCACUCUGAGUUCUUCUACAAGUUCACCUCCUUCACUACUCCUGGUAUCAUCUACCACUGUGACCUGAGCGAGCCGAAACCGGAGCCCCGAGUCUUCAGGCAGGUGGAGGUGAAGGGCGUCAACCAGGAGGAGUUCCAGACCAGCCAGGUCUUCUAUCCCAGCAAAGAUGGAACCAUGAUCCCCAUGUUCCUGGUCCACACUAAGGACCUGAAGAGAGACGGGACUAAUCCGGUCUUCCUGUACGGUUACGGCGGCUUCGAGGCUUCCAUACAGCCCUACUACAACGUGGCCUACCUGCUCUACGUGAGACACCUGGGCGGAGUCCUAGCGGUGGCCAACAUCAGAGGGGGCGGGGAGUACGGCCUCACCUGGCACAAAGCGGGAACACUGGCCAACAAGCAGAACUGCUUCGACGACUUCCAAAGCGCUGCGACGUUCCUGAUCCAGGAGGGCUUCACCAAGGCCAGCCGCAUCGCCAUAAACGGAGGCUCCAACGGAGGACUGCUCGUGGCCGCCUGCAUGAACCAGCGCCCAGACCUUUUCGGCUGCGUGGUCGCAGAGGUUGGGGUCAUGGACAUGCUCAAGUUCCACAAGUUCACCAUUGGCCACGCCUGGACCACCGACUAUGGCUGCUCCGACGACCCGGACCAGUUCCAGUGGCUCAUCAAGUAUUCUCCCCUCCACAACCUCCCCGAGCCUCCAUACUCCGGUCCACCUUACCCGGCCGUCCUGCUGCUGACGGCGGACCACGACGACCGCGUGGUGCCGCUACACACCCUGAAGUUCUGCGCCGCGCUGCAGCACGGCGUCGGCGGCAGCCCUCAGCAGCGGCAGCCCCUGAUGGUCCGGGUGGACACCCGCAGCGGGCACGGGGCGGGAAAACCCACCGCCAAGGCCAUCCUGGAGGACACCCACAUCUACUCCUUCAUCGCAGAGACCCUCGGCAUCAGCUGGAAGGACUGAGGAAACAGGAGGACAGGGACCUCCUGGUAGUCAGGAAAUGGUCCUCCAGCAGAACAAAUCCACAAAGAUAAUUCAAUUAAUUUUACUAAAAAAUAUCAAAUAAAGUCUCAGUCUUGGCA